AACCCACCAUUUCUUUCGACCGCCCUGUCAAAAUCCUUAGCUCUUCCGGUGCUCCUUACAGUAACAGCUCUCUCUCUCUCUCUCCUUGUCGGCGAUGGAGCCAGACGUGAGCAUCGAGACAAGCCGCAUGAUCCGCAUCGCCGUCCUCCCGAUCGGCCCCAUCCCUUCCCUGCUUUUCCGCGACUACGCAUCCAUGCUGUUCCUCCACCACAAGAUCGACCUCUCCACGAUCUCCUCCUUCUACACCGAGCACCAGAAGAGCCCCUUCGCCCACCAGCCCUGGGGGGACUCCUCCCCCGGCGGCGGCGGCAGCUGCCUCCGCUUCAAGUUCAUCGUAGGCGGCUCCCCGCCCAGCCCCUGGGAGGACUUCCAGUCCCACCGUAAAAUCCUGGCCGUCAUAGGCAUCUGCCACUGCCCCUCCUCGCCCGAUCUCGGCUCCGUCGCCGACCAGUUCUCCGCCGCGUGUAAGGGGUACUCGUCCUCCCUCGUCCAGCGUUGCUUCGCUUUCUGCCCCGGCGAUUCUCAGCUAGAGGAUAACAAUAGAAGAGAAGGCAACUUGGUUCUAUUUCCACCUGCUGAUCGUCAAACUCAGGAGCUCCAUUUACUCACCAUGAUGCAAGAUGUUGCUGCCUCAUUGCUGAUGGAAUUCGAAAAGUGGGUUCUUCAAGCUGAAUCGGGCGGAACUAUUCUCAAAACACCUUUAGAUUCUCAAGCCAGUCUCAGCUCAGAGGAGGUGAUUAAGGCAAAAAAGCGUAGACUUGGCAGGGCACAAAAAACUAUUGGGGAUUAUUGUUUAUUGGCAGGAUCACCGGUUGAUGCCAAUGCCCAUUAUUCAACUGCAUUGGAACUUGCCAGGUUGACUGGGGAUUACUUUUGGUAUGCUGGGGCAUUGGAGGGCAGUGUUUGUGCCUUGCUGGUCGACCGAAUGGGCCAGAACGAUCCGGCUCUAGAGGAUGAGGUUAAGUUCCGGUAUGAUAGUGUUAUCUUGCACUAUAGGAAGUCAUUUAUACAAGACAAUGCCCAGAGAGUGUCCCCAAUAAGCUUUGAACUUGAGGCUACAUUGAAGUUGGCAAGAUUUCUCUGUAGGCACGAGCUGGCUAAGGAGGUAGCGGAGUUGUUGACGGCCGCUGCAGAUGGAGCAAAAUCUUUGAUUGAUGCCAGUGACCGACUAAUACUAUAUGUAGAAAUAGCUCGUCUUUUUGGAACCCUAGGCCAUCAUCGGAAAGCAGCCUUUUUUUCAAGGCAGGUAGCUCAGCUGUAUUUGCAGCAAGAAAGCAGAUUGGCUGCUGUAAGUGCCAUGCAAGUAUUGGCAAUGACCACAAAAGCCUACCGUGUUCAAAGUAGAGCCUCUAUUGCUAAAAGUUCUCAUCCCAAUGAAAUUGGAUCAACUCAAGCUGAUGGUGGGAAAAUGCAUCAUCACUCUAUAGUCUCACUAUUUGAGUCCCAGUGGAGCACCAUACAGAUGGUUGUUUUAAGAGAGAUACUGUUAUCUGCUGUUCGUGCGGGAGAUCCUCUUGCUGCAUGGAGUGCAGCGGCACGUCUGCUUCGAUCUUAUUAUCCUUUAAUUACUCCUGCUGGGCAAAAUGGUCUUGAGGGCGCACUUGCAAAUUCUGCCGAGAAACUCCCUUCAGGAACUCGCUGCGCUGAUCCUGCUUUACCUUUUAUAAGGUUGCAUUCUUUCCCUCUCCACCCCUCACAAAUGGACAUCGUAAAACGCAAUCCAGCAAGGGAGGAUUGGUGGGCAGGAUCUGCUCCCUCAGGGCCUUUUAUCUAUACACCAUUCAGCAAAGGCGAGCCAAAUAAUGGCAGUAAGCAUGAGCUGAUUUGGGUUGUUGGAGAACCAGUCCAGGUGCUGGUGGAAUUGGCAAACCCCUGUGGCUUCGACCUAAUGGUAGAUAGUAUCUAUCUGUCAGUGCAUUCUGGAAACUUUGAUGCUUUCCCCAUUAGUGUAAAUCUCCCUCCUAAUUCUUCAAAGGUGAUCACAUUAUCCGGAAUUCCAACUAAAGUGGGGCCAAUUGCAAUUCCUGGAUGCCUUGUUCAUUGUUUCGGUGUAAUUACAGAACACCUUUUCAAGGAUGUUGAUAACUUGCUCCUCGGAGCAGCACAAGGUCUUGUUAUUUCUGACCCUUUCCGCUGCUGUGGUUCUGUAAAGUUAAAAAAUGUAGCAGUUCCAAAUAUUUCAGUCGUGCCCCCAUUGCCAUUACUGGUGUCACAUGUGGUAGGUGGUGAUGGAGCUCUCAUCUUAUAUGAAGGUGAGAUCCGUGAUGUAUGGAUUAGUUUGGGGAAUGCUGGAACAGUUCCAGUUGAGCAGGCGCACAUAUCAAUAUCAGGAAAAAACCAAGAUUCUGUGUUAUCAUUCGCUUAUGAAGCUUUAAAACACGCCCUUCCUUUGAAACCUGGUGCAGAAGUGACAAUACCAAUUACCUUAAAAGCCUGGCAGCUUGGCUUAGUAGAUGCUGAUAGUGCUGGCAAAAAUUUAUUCGGAAGCACAGGGAGGCAAGCCAAGGAUUUAAGCAGCCCGAUGUUGUUGAUCCACUAUGCAGGGUCAUCAGUGAGUUCUGGAGGACCAACUACAGAUGAGCCCUCUGUUCCCCCAGGUAGGCGCCUGGUUGUUCCCUUAAAUAUUUGUGUUUUGCAAGGCUUGUCCUUUGUGAAGGCUCGUUUGCUGUCAAUGGAAAUUCCUGCACGCGUUGGCGAGAUUCCUCUGAAAUUGCUUAAUGUGGAAAAUGGUUCGUCUGAAGAUGUAAUGAGUCUGAAUUCAUCGGAAAACAAAACCGAUAGUUUAGUUAAGAUUGACCCGUACAGGGGGAGUUGGGGACUACGCUUUCUUGAACUUGAGCUCUCUAACCCUACUGAUGUUGUGUUUGAGAUUAGCGUUUCUGUCCAGCUGGAGAAACCUAGUGUUGAGCAUAGUUCUUGUGUAGACUGUCAUACGGCUGAGUUUGGCUACCCUAAAACAAGAAUCGACAGGGAUUAUACUGCAAGGGUACUAAUACCUUUAGAGCAUUUUAAGUUGCCAAUUCUAGAUGGAUCCUUCUUUGUGAAGGAUUCCCAGAAUGGGUCCACCACAAGUAGAAGUUCGAGUUUCUCAGAGAAGAAUGCCAAGGCUGAACUCAAUGCUUCUAUCAAGAACUUGAUUUCCCGAAUUAAAGUAAGGUGGCAAUCUGGACGGAACAGCUCUGGAGAAUUGAAUAUUAAGGAUGCAAUACAGGCAGCCCUUCAGACAUCCGUUAUGGAUGUCCUGCUACCAGAUCCAUUGACAUUUGGAUUUAGGCUUGCUGAGAAUUGUAAUCGACAUGCCAAACUAAGCCCAAAUAAAGACUUCCAUAAUCAAGUUCACUCCCCUUCAUCUAAAGGUUCUGUUUUGGCGCAUGACAUGACUCCUAUGGAAGUUUUGGUCCGCAAUAACACCAAGGAAAUGAUAAGAAUGAGUCUCAGCAUUGCGUGCAGAGACGUUGCUGGAGAGAACUGCAUUGAGAGCAACAAGGCAACGGUCUUGUGGGCAGGUGUUCUGAAUAGUGUCUCCGUGGAGGUCCCUCCUCUUCAGGAAAUCAAACACUCAUUCUCUCUGUAUUUCCUGGUUCCUGGCGAGUACACUCUCUUGGCAGCUGCUGUGAUUGAUGAUGCAAAUGACCUUCUUAGGGCUCGUGCAAGAUCUAAUUCACCUGAUGAGCCAAUCUUCUGUCGUGGACCCCCAUUCCAUGUCCGGGUAAGUGGGACUGCAUGAACUGCAGGAUUUCCUGUUCUUAGAAGGAAGCAUCUAAUCAAAAUUUACAAGGUGCCUGAAUUUUUUUCCUCUGACGGGUGCUAUUUGUACUUGGGUUGAUAUAUCUUGUCGACUUCUGCCAAACGUGAUUGUAACCUCACUGUGCCUUCAGUAAGGUAAGUCAUCAAGAUUAUAGUUGAUGUAUUUAGGAUUUUAGAGUUCUUGUAAAUCUGCAUUGAAGACAUUAUUGUUGCAUGUGAUGUAAGUUCCUUCCCUUUCAUUGUUGCGGAUCUGACACUCAUGAGGAUUUGGGCUGGUCUCUAUUGCACUAAUUGAAUCACUGUCUAAAUCUUCUGCGAUUUUGAUUUGGGUUUAUACAAUCAUUAAGCUUUACGUGA